GAAAGAGCAAUUAACAACUGUAAUCGAUAACAGCAACAUCAGUUAGCAACUAAAAAUUAGAAAAAUUAGACUUAUGAUCAUUAAGAUCAGUAUCAUGAACUCUCUCAAACUUUCAAUUUGCUUGACCAGCAUAUUUUAUCGCUCAGACCAUCUUAUUGAACAGCAUUGUUGCAUUAUGUUUUUUUUAUUUGAGCUCGCGCAUGCGCGCCAGUCCAGGCAAUGCACGGAUGAUCGCCAAUCGUCAAUCGGCACAGCAAGCCUAGCAAAACUGUGGUAACAAUUUUGUCAGUCAUCAUCCCUGUCCAUUAGCGGUAGCCAUCGUCGCACGAUCCGUCCGGAUGAUCAACGAUCAGUCGGCUCGGUAGCCUUUCACAGUUCGGUAGAUUGUUGACUCGAUUGUGAUUUACAGUGGUGGAUGAACUGCCACGCAGUGAUAGUCGCCAGUCGUCGACCGAGUACGUUUUAUGGUGCUGCGCCGAUUCGCUGCUGAGUUGUGUUUACACUGCGACGAGACAAUAUCGCCAGCACAGCCUUAUCGUGGCAGACGAUAUCGCACGAGUCGCGUCCUAAAGGGACAACCAACUCCGUAAAAGAAAGAACAAGAUAUCAUAUCUCGCCGUUUAUUCCUUCAAGAGAGAAUAUGACGACGGAGGAGAAGUUCAACGCUGCUGUCAACGUGAUCAGGAAUCUACCUAAAAAUGGAUCGUAUCAGCCCAGUCAUGAGAUCAUGCUUCGUUUUUAUUCGUAUUACAAACAAGCGAUCGAAGGACCUUGUCAACAAUCGAAACCAGCAUUUUGGGAAGUAGUUAAAAAAGCAAAAUGGGAUGCGUGGACACGUCUUGGUAACAUGAGUCGUACGGAAGCCAUGAAUAAUUAUGUAGAAGAACUGAAGAAAAUUGUCGAAACUAUGUCUUAUACGGAUAAUGUCGCAACGUUCCUUGGCAGCUUGGACUCCUUUUACGAAAGUGUACCGGUCGAAGAUUUGGAAUUACUUGUGGGACCAGUAUUGGAGCGUAUGCGUUCUCAACCGGGAUCACCAUUAUCUGGUUCGCCAUUAGUAUCCAGAGAAACAUCACCUCACAGAGUUUGCAACACUUCUCGUCACAUAACGAGCAGUUUGGAAACGAGUCCGACCAGCAGUCGCACCGCUAGCCCGCUGCCACAGGAUACCGAUGGUGAAGAGGAAGAAUUUAUAGACACUGUUGAAUCCGCACCGGAAAGAACGCAAAAAGAUACAGCUAAAUCUGUUCCUCAAAAGACACAAACGGUGACAAAUAACGGAAUUGAUCAAUCAAAUGCGGAAAACGCUGCAAAAGAAAAUACUGAGCUGCUCAAUGGAUACACCAACGCUAACGGUCAUGUGGAGACACUACAGGAGAACCAUCGAGAGAGAGGUAGACAAAGGAUAAAAAAAGACGACAGUAAAGUCAAUGUGGAAUUCCUAAAUCAAAUCGCAACGACUAUGCAGCAUCUACAGAGAGACUUGGACCGAAUAACAGCCAGAGUACGAAGCUUAGAAGGACAAGCCCUGCAAGCACUGGCGCCACGAACAGAGCACGCGCUUAGAAACAGAUAUGCGAAGUGGUGGCCGUUGCAAGAGUGCCCGCCGCGCUUGUUCGUCUUGUUAAUUUUGUGGCCAUUUGUUGCUCACCUGCUGAUCAACUUUACGCAGCGCUAUCGCCAACGAAAACUGUGAUGCCACGGCUGUAACUUCUUACACAGCUGAAAACCUAUUUCCAUUAUUCGGGUUAUUAGUGUUGAGUUGAAAAGGUACAGAGAUUUUUUUAAUUUUAUAUUUCUUAUAGAAACAAAGCGCGCUUAUCCUAAUACAAUCUACGAUUAAGCGUGAAUUGUGAUAAAACUAACUAACUAGGCCAAAUCUCUGUAUAUUUUUACAUAUGCAGUCUGUUUCGCAAGUCGCGCAU